AUGGGGCCCCCUGCCGCCCGGCUGCCGGGGCUGCUGCUGCUGCUGCCGGGGCUGCUGGCGGCCAGCGAGCCGGAGGUCUUCCUGCACGCGGCUCCCGGCCUGACCCCGACCUCCGAGGGGACGCUGACCUUGAGCACGUCGCCCGGCCAGACCCCCACCGCCAGCGUCCACACCCCGGCCGGCCAAGCGGCGCACCGCUUCCUCCAGACCCAUGCCAUGGCCUCGGUCGUGGAUUACCGCCGGGGGGACACACUUCAGCCAGGACCGGCACAGCAAUGGAAUCUGCCCCCGGCAGCCAAGCGUGCCGGACAUAUCCUGCUCCACACCCGCCAGUGGGCGGCCUUCUUCGACAUGGCCCGCGAGGAGCCGCUCCCCGGGCCGGCCGCCACCCUGCUGGCCGGCAGCUCCACCCUCGCCGGCCUGGUGCAUAUCCCCGGGCCGACGUCGGCCUGCCGCCGCUGCCGGACCCGGUACUUCCUGGCAGCCGGCCGGACCCUCUACCACAUCAUGCAUCCGGAGCUCGCGCCGGCCACAUCCACGGAGCCGCUCCUCCCGGCGGCGAUCACCCAUCUGGCGGUCACGCGCCUGGCCGGGCAAAUGAACCUCUGCCCCGGGCCGGCGGAUCUGGCCCGGCUCCGCCUCACUCCCUCGCCGGCCGGCGAGUGGGUCCUGACCGCCGGCCGGCUGGUUCUCCUGGCCCCCGACCCGUUCUACUGCCACGGCGACACCACCGUCGCCUGUGACAGCCGGGCGGCCGGCCUCGCCGGGGCCCCGCGCGGCUGGACCUGCAGCCCCGGGCACAUCGAGUCGCCCCUCAUCGCGCGGGCCAGCCUCCGCGCCGGGCGCGCCGAUGGCUUCUACCUGGACCGCGACUCCGGUGCUCCCCCCUGCACCGACCCGGACCACAGAUGCAAGCCGUGCGGCCAGGCACAUUGCCGCAUCUGCAACCGGAGCAACUGCCUCCUGUGCCAGGAGCCGUUCCUGCUGCAGCCCAGCGGCCCGCGUGGCAGCACCCUCUGCGUGGCCAGCUGCUCGGCCGGCUUCGCCCAGCUGGCCGGCGCCUGCGUGCCGGUGUCCGUGCGCGCGGCGGUCGCCUCUCUCGCGCCCCCCCUGGCGGAGCUCCUGCCCGGCCUGGGCCCCGGGGUGUCGGCCACCGGCAUCGGGGCCACCCGGCUGGCACUGGACCCGGCCACCCACCGGCCGGUCCUGUCCAUGCCGGAUGCCGACAUCGGGAACCCGAGCAAGGCGGCCCCCCGGCCGACGCAGCUCCUGCCCCCGGGCGAGGGCAUGGAGCUGGCGCCGAUCGCGAGCUACGCCGAGGCCGGGCCCCUCCGGCUGGCCGACCACCUGGCCAUCGGGGCGGCCCUGGUGGCCGGGGACCAUGGGAUGCGCCAGGCCUGGCUGACCUGCCCAUCGUCCACCGGCCAGCCAUGCACCGUCGCCCAGUCGCCCCCGUGGAAUCCCCUGCACUCGAAUGACACCCUCCCGGUGGAGCCCCUGACAAACCGGUGGAUCUACCUGCAGUCCUGGAACGGCAAGUCGGCCAUCCUGCAGGCCGCCCUGCCCGGGGCCGAGGAAAGCCGGUCCCACCUGCCGGGCGAGCCCGGCGCCUGGCUGGUGGUCGGUAACUGCCCCGCCCGGGUGUCGGCCUACCCAUGGGAGGUGUCCUCCCGGGCCGACAGCCGGCAGAUGGAGCUGCUGGGGCGCCUCCUGCCGGAUGGGCCCCCGACCGGCGAGUGCCUCGCGCCGGUGCUCCUGCCGCGCGGCGGCCACCUGCCCCCGGGGCUGACCCUCGGCCACUUCCUGGCCGCCGCUGCCCGGCCACCGGGCGGCAGGCCCAAUCGCCGGGCCCAGGCCGUCACGCUCCAUGGGAACCCGGUGUACCCGAGCGCGCCGGUCCUGCUGACCCGGGCCUUUGUCGGGGUGUCGCUCCUCCGGUGCUCGGGCGGCGAGGCCAAGCCGGAAGUCCCGUGCAGCCUGCUGGAUGCCUCCUUCUUCGACCUGCACCAUGCCGGCCUCCAAAGCGGCAAUGGCCUCUGGGCGCCGGCCAUCGCCCGGGCCCCGGGCCCCAGCGCGCCGGGCACCCCCUCGCAGUCGGGGAUCCCGCCGCUGGCGCUGCUCGUGUUUGCCCCGAGCGUCGGCCCGCAGACCCUCGUCCUGGCGGCGGACCGCCCAACGGGCACCUUCGGGCCCGAGUGCGCCCCCUGCAACCCCCUGUGCGGCCAGUGCUCCGGGCCCUCGGCCGACGAGUGCACCGCCUGCGCCUUUUGGAUGGCGGACGCGCCGACGGCCUGGUUGGCCGCCUGCCCGGCCGGGCUCUGCCCCUCGGCCCAGGGCCAGUGCCUGUGCCACCCAUCGUGCGACCGGUGCGCCCAGCCGGUCCCCAGCGAGCCCCACGUGUGCUCCCAGUGCCGGAGCGCCUCUGUCCCGGCGGUGUCCGGCUCGCCGGCCGACCACCGCCUGGCCUGUGACCCGGCAUGCGCCGAUGCCUGCCCGGCGCCCGGCCGGCUCCUUGACCGGACCUGCGUCGAGGCCUGUCCCUCCGCCCACUGGCCGGACACGCUGGCCGGGGCAGGCGUGCCCUGUCCGGCCGGCUGCGCCCCGUGCACCUCGAGCACCACAUGCGUCGGCUGCCGCGCUGGGUAUCGGCCCGAGGCCGGCGGCCUGUGCCGGCCCUGCCCCGGGUCCUGCGCCACCUGCACCCCGGAGGCCGCCUGCGACACGUGCAUGGCCGGGCUGGCCUUCCUGGACCCGGACCCGGGCGUGCCGUCCCUCUGCGGCAGCACCUGCACCCUGGGCGAGUAUGUCGGGGCUGGCCGGUGCGCCGCGUGCGAUGGGUCGUGUGAGCUGUGCGCCGGCCGGCCGGACCGGUGCCAGCCUGGGUGCGCCUCCUGCACGAGCACCGCAUGUCUGUCCGCCGAGACGGGGCUCCUGCUGAGCUCCGGUGGGCAGUGUGCCAGUGCUUGCCCGGCCGGGUGGCACAGCAACGGCGAGUCGUGCCAGCCGUGCGACAUUAGUUGCGCCGCCUGCGUCGGUGGCAUGGUCAACCAGUGCGCGGGCUGUGCCGCCGGGCUGGGGCUUGUCGAGGUCACCCCCGGUAUCGGCGCCUGCGUGUCCGGCUGCCCGGAGGGCCAGUACCGCGCGGGGGCCGGGUGCCUGCCCUGCGACGCGGCCUGCGCCACGUGCAACGGCCCCACGGACAAGGACUGCUGGCGGUGUGCCUCCGGCGUCCUGCAGGGCGGCGACUGC